AUGGAAGGAAAGUUGGAUAAUGCUGACAAGAUUAAUGAUGAUGACGAUUACGGUUUCGAAGAUUAUGCCGGUGAAGGGAUUCCAAUCAUUAAACUGAUCCCAGCAGCAUGUGAAGCUAAUUUAACUCACAGCGAUCGUCCGAUUUCUGCACUCAAGUUUGAACCGAAUGGACAACGCUUCGGUUCAGGAGGUAUGGACUAUCAACUCAAAAUUUUUGAUUUUCAAAAAAUGGAUAUGAGCUUGAGAUCUGAUAAAGAACUCACACCUGCUGAAUGUCAUGUCAUCAAUUCUAUCACAUUUUCUGCUAAUGGGGAGAAUUGUCUGAUUUGCAGUGGAGAAGCAAUGGUUAAGCUGAUAGACCGCACGGGAAAGCAAUGGGCAGAAACUGUGAAAGGAGAUCAGUAUCUUGUUGAUGUUAAGAAUACCAAGGGGCACACUGCUGCUGUAAAUUGCGGUGUGUGGAACCCCAUAGUGAAGAAUGAGUUCUUGACUUGCAGUGACGAUGGAACUGUUCGAUUCUGGAACUUGGAUGAGUAUAAAGUCAUCACAAAGUGUUUCAAUAAGCAUUUAAAAAUCAUAAAAGUUAAAAACGCUGGAGGGAAGAGAGCAAUGCCUCAAACCUGCUGCUAUGCCCCUGACGGUAAAAUGGUGGCUGCUGGCUGUGACGAUGGUUCCAUACAAGCGUGGAAAUAUGGAAGUCUCUAUGUCAAUCCUAACUAUCUUGUUCGUAAUGCCCACAAAGGUCCUAUAACCUCUAUUGCAUUCUCACAUGACUCUCAGAGGAUUGUAACAAGGGGUUUGGAUGAUUCAAUGAAAAUUUGGUCCAUCAAAGAUUGUAAGAAACCUCUGCAUGAGAUUUUUGAAUUAGAAAAUGCUUGGAAAAGUACUGACUGUGGAUUUUCUCCCCGUGGUGAGUUGAUAUACACUGGUACCUCGUCUCCUAGUCGCAACAUUCCUGGCUAUCUAUUGUUCUAUAAUGCCGAAACUUAUGAUCUCGUGUACAGAAUUGAUUACCCUGGAGUUUCCGUCCAUCGAAUCGACUGGCAUCCUAAGAUGAAUCAAAUACUCGUAGGUUUCAGUGAUGGAAGUAUCAAGAUAUAUUAUGAUCAAGAAAUGUCAGAGAAAGGAAUCCUUGGAUGUGUUAGCAAACCAAUCAAGAGAAGCAGAGCUGAUGAAGUUGUUCGCGAAGAAAUGGUCUUAUCACCCCUUACUCUCGAAAUGUUUCAACCUCGUGGAGAAGAGGGAGAAGAGAAAGAGGUCUCUGGUUGGAGACUUCGGAAAUAUUUACGUAUGCGGGAUAACCAAAUUCGUCCUGAGUUCCGAAAACCAGCGGAUGUGCCUAUGGAUGGUCCCAGUGCGAAUGGAAGAGUCGCUGCCUCCGGAUCGACGCUUCAUUCAUACUUGGCUCGUCAAAUUGGUACACAACGUAACAAAGAGUUCCUGCAAGAUACAGAUGUCCGUGCUAGUAUUCUUCGGCAUGCUGAUGAGGCAGCUAAGAAUCCUCUCUACAUAGAUAAAGCUUAUCGAAAGAAUCAGCCUAAACCCAUUUUCCAAGAAAAAACUACGGCUCCUGAAGAAGAUGAAGAAGAGAAAGAGCUUCAACCUGUCUUCAAAAUGCCUCGUCAUAGAUGA